GUAAGUGGUAAGAGAGUGAAUUGUUAGUAAUAUUUCAAAGUUAAAAAAAUUCAAAAGUGAAGCAUUAUUAAUGUUCAAUUCAUUCUUGAUGACUGAACAUAAUUGUUUUUAUAAAGAAUUAACCAGAGAAAUUAAUUAAUAAAGAUUUUGUGCUAUUGGUACAUGGAUUCAUUAUUUUUCACAAUCCAAAGCCCACUGCAAUCCAGAUAUCAGCUGAAGGUGCAGUUUUCGUCGGUUCCUUGGAAAUUAACAUUGUUUGUAGACGUUUAUCACAUCGAAAGCCCUGGCCAUGGCUCUUGAUUUUUUCGCUGGAUGUGUUGGAGGAAUGGCUGGAGUGGUAGUAGGUCAUCCCCUUGACACAGUCAAAGUGCUCUUACAAACGCAAGACAUGAAGAAUCCCAAAUUCAAGGGAACCCUCUCCUGCUUACAAACUGUGGUGACCAAAGAAGGUUUGAGAGGAGUAUACAGAGGAGUUACCAGUCCACUUCUUGGGGUUGCCGGCAUAAAUGCCAUUGUCUUCGGAGUUUAUGGAAAUGUUCAGAGGCACAGCAGUAAUCCAGAAUCGUUAAGGACGCAUGCAUUUGCAGGCGCUGCCGCCGGACUGGCCCAGAGUUUUAUUUGCAGUCCCAUGGAAUUAGCAAAAUCCAGGUUACAAGUGACCAACUCCUCAGGUAAAGGACCAGUUGAUUGUCUAAGGAAAAUAUAUGGAAACGAGGGGGUAAAAGGGGUGUUCAGGGGACUUGGCUUAACUGUUGGAAGAGAGAUACCAGCUUUUGCCAUUUAUUUCUUCACGUACGAAUUGUUAACGAGAUCUGACAGUAACCUGCCUGUUUCUACGUGGUCAAUGCUUUUUGCUGGCGGUUUAGCAGGAGUGGCAUCGUGGACACUGGUCUACCCAGUCGACGUGAUAAAGUCAAGGAUGCAAGUCGACGGCAUUUCGUCUUCCCAGUACAAGAACUCCUACGAUUGCCUACACCAGACGUUCAAAAAUGGAGGAGUACCUUCUCUUUUCAGAGGCAUCACACCCACCAUCAUCCGCGCCUUCCCCGUCAACGCCGUCACCUUCGCGGUGGUGACGUGGACGAUGAGGAUCCUGGGUGGAGAAGGGUUUUCCGAAACCUUCCGCGAGACCGAAUCAAUCCUGGAGAAAUAUGCUGAUGUUGUUUGCACACUUAAGGUGGCAGAAAACACGCCGUCGUGAAAAAUGCGUCUAUUAAAUGCAUUACGCACAGUGACAAAUUAUGUAAGAAUUGUGUCGCUUUAUGAAUAUGUAAGGAUACAUUCUUUUGUCUACGUGGGUGUUUAUGGAAAGUGUGGAGCAAGGGAGGACUUUUACUUAGGCGUCGAUUUCAUCUGCAUGUCUGAUGAUGGAUCGGAGAUAUCUAUGUUUUUAUUAUUAUAAUUUGUAUUACCAGUAAGAAACUGCAAGUGUGUUUCAUGUUUUUGAUAAUUCUUGAAGGAGUUGUUUUUCAUGAAAUGUUCCUACUUAUUUUCCAUGAUUUGUUGUAAAUAGUUAUAGAUAUGAUGUAACUGGCAGUUUUGUAAAUUAUCAGUAAAUUAUUUGGAAUUGAGCUUUAAAGAUAUUGGGAAAAGAUGGGGCAACACUGGACACUUAAUUCAUUCAUUUCUAUAUAAGAGAUGCUAUAAAUAUCAUUUUUUGACAUGUAUUACAAAUAUUAUUGUAAAGUACAAUAUUGCCUCCUCUAUGGGGGUAAUGUCACUGACCGUCGGGGUUCAACUGGCCACAGUAUUGAGAUAGAAAUACGUGCCUUUUUGGCAAUUGAAAUUGUUGAUAAAAAUGUAUGAAUCCGUUUUAUAGCUUGUCAUUAAUUAGCUCUCAUUAAUUUGUUGUUUGUUAAAUAAAUCAUUUGUUUUUUU